AUUGAUAUCUAUCAAAAAUUGUUAGUUACUUUCUUUGUAAUCGUUCACAAAACGACAUUGGCAGCCAUUACGCUCCGAAGUGAAGGUUGGUCGACGCUGAACUCGAAGAUUGCUUGGUUAGGUGUCAAAUAAUUUUGUUCCCAGAAUGCCCUUACCAAAUUAAAUAUGGAGGAAUCUUUUUCCUUAACCUGGGAGGAUUCUGGUGCAGUUGUGCAAAAUGAGGAAGUUAUAUAUGGCACCGAAGAAACAGAGAUAUUACCAGGUCAAACAGAAGAAUUCCAAGGAACAGACGUCGUAGUUUCCCAAAAUGGGGAAGAAAUUCAAGAUGGAAACAUCAUGUAUUUUACCGAGGACAAUGUCCUGGUCAUGCAAGAAUCGAAUCAAAAUAACUUUGCCGAACACUUCAUGGAUUGUCAGGUAACCGAAGAGGUGGUUACAGAGCAGUGGGAAGAAAGCUGUCCAGAAGAAAUAGUUGUUGGAUCAGAGGAGGCAGUAGGAUUAUCAGGGGAGCAAGCUUCUACAGAAGAUGUCGAGAUCCCACUGCCGACAGACCAAGAUGAAUAUACUGCAGCAAGACCCUAUCCCUGCGACUUCUGCAGCAGGAGAUUCAGAAAAAAAGCUAAUCUAAUGAAUCAUAUGGUCGCUCAUCAGACAGACAGACCCCAUGGAUGUAACCUAUGCGGGGUCAGGUACAUUAGGAAAUGCGACCUGAUGAACCACCUCAAAAUUCAUGCUUACAUUCCUGAAGCAGAAGGUAUGGAACCUGAAGAGCAAGAACCAGAAGUUUCUGAUUCUGAACAAUUCAGGAAGAGUAGGAAGGGGUUCAAUAAAAAACGAAAGAGACAAAGGGUCAAGGAGGAAUUCCCCAGUUAUGAAACUGAUGAAAUGGCCGCCACCAGCUCCAGAAGUUACUAUUCCAAUGAAGAAAUGCUGGAGGUUAAAAGUUAUGAUUAUCUUCCAGCUGAAAGUGGAGAAACUACAGAAUUGAAAUAUCCUGUGACAGAUCAUAGAAAACCAUUUGUUUGUCAACACUGUGGAGUAGGGUUUGCUAGAGAAAAAGCCCUGGCUUCCCAUGCACGAAUUCAUGGUGGAGACUCUCCAUUCGAAUGUCAGAAAUGUAAUGAGAUGUUUUGGGAUAUGAAAUCCAUGAGAGAUCACUGGCGGACCAAGCACGGCGAUAUGGAAGAUUAUGAUGAUGAUGAAGACGAGGAUUACUCAGAGGAAGAUCACAAAUACGGAACAUACUAUUGUACCACUUGUGGUAUUUCUUUUCAUAGACAAGAUAACCUGAAGAGGCAUCAGCGGGUUCAUAUGAGGGAAGAAUUAACAAAUAAUCCUGACCUAGGACACAUUUGCAACGUUUGCGGAGAAUCUUUUCCUGAAGCUCUGGAGCUGCUGGCUCAUGCGGAGGUACAUGCACGUGGCUCCGAGCAUCGCUGCAUGAUCUGCGGUGAAGACUUCGAAGACGACCAGGGAUGUGCUGUGCACGUUCAAGAAAAACACGGCGACAAUCUACCCCCCAACACUUGCAUGUUAUGCGGCAGGCAGUGCAAAGAUCGUAGGGCUCUCCUGAAACACUCCUGGGAGCAUUCAAAGGAGAAGGUGUUCUCUUGCUCGAAAUGCGCCAAAACUUUUCACAACAAAGCCAGAUUGAAGAGGCACAUGUUGUCGCAUCGAAACAAAGUUGUUUCUUGCGAUGUGUGCGGAGAAGAAUUUCCAGAUGGUAGGACGCUCAUGAAUCACCGACACAGCCAUAGUAACGUCUCCGGAAGGCAGUUUCCGUGUAGGGAAUGCGGAAAAACUUUUGGAUCGAGAAGUUCUCAACAGAUACAUAUACGCAUCCAUACUGGUGAGCGACCGUACGGUUGCCGAUUCUGCUGGAAGGCUUUCGCCGAUGGGGGAACGCUGAGAAAACACGAAAGAAUCCACACUGGUGAAAAGCCUUACGCGUGUGCUGUAUGUCCCAGAGCUUUCAACCAGAGAGUCGUUUUGAGGGAACACAUAAGAUCGCACCAUUCAGGACCCGACCCUAAGUACACACACAGUAUGACCCCUUACUGUUGUUCCGUAUGCUCCGAUAUGUUCGCCACAUCUCAAGAUCUAAUAGUACAUCUGAUCCACCAUUGCGAUAUGAACACCGCGAUGAAGAGACAACCCCAAAUCGGUCCGAGGAAAUAUAAACGACGAAGAAAAUUGAAACCGCACGAAAUCGAUCUGUUGUCUUACAGAAUGGAGGAUGAACCGGAACAAGAAGAGGUGCCACAGCAACCUCCGGAAUACGAGAUAGAAAUGGACACGAGACGGAAGAGAGUGAGGAAGACCUCCCCAAAACGUGAACCGUUACAAUUCGAAGAACCCUAUAUCGAUCAAGAACCCAUACCUCCAACAACUUCCAUCAUGGAAUCACCCCCUACACCUUCUAAGACCCAGAACGUCCUGAAGAAUAAGAAAAAGUUGAAAAACGAUGGGGGUGCAGUUCCCUCAAGACCAAAGAUGAUUCAUACGCAAAAAACCCGAGUACCCAUUGAACCGGGUGAAAUCGGACGGGUGCGGCAUAAAACAAGAACCACUAUCACAAGAACGCAACCGACCGAAUUUAAAGCAGCCAGUUCGGGAGAAAGAAUCCGGCCCAGGACCAAAAAUGUAAGUUAUCAUAUUUUCAACUCUGAAAAGCUACCUAUUGCCACUUUUCCUGAAGAUGUAACUGCUGUCAAUAAUUUACUGAAACAGGAUCAGGCGGCUCAAGAAGAAAAUAAUUCAAAUGGUCUGCUGUAUUUAGAUCAGGUCGAAACGCCGGAAGUAGCCGUCGAGCAGACCAUAGAAUUCAAUGAACCUGUUCCCACGAAUUUGAUCAGAGUUCGUCGAAAAGCAGCGACAAGACAAUCUCCUAGAAAAACCAAUAGUUUAUCCCCCGGUAGACACAUUAUUGGUCCUGGAAGCAAGGUUAGACUCGUUAAAAGUGGAAUGAUCGUGAAGAAGAAAGUUAAAGAGGAGAAAAUUGUCGACGAUCUUAACGUCAAACAAGAGGUGGAUUACGAACAGCAUGAAGAACAGAUAGUACACGAAACUCCCGAUGAAUAUGUCAUCACUGAAGGCAAUCAGGUUAUCGAAGAAACAACUAUUCAGCAGGAGCCGGAAUCGGAAAGUGAGAAGACGAUUCUGGACCAAGAUGCUAAGAUGAAACAGGAAAUAAUGGAUUCUAGUCCACUUCACGAGUUGGCUGAGAUUUCAAUGCAACAUGCACAAAGCCUCUUUAAAUGCGAAAUGUGCAGUGCUGUUUUUUCAGAUAGGGCACAGCUGCUGGUACACGUACCCAUACAUAUCUGAUAUCGAAUGAAGAGUUCGAUGCAUGAAGAAUGAAUCGAUUGAAUGGAAUUUCAGAUCCGAUUUGGACAGGUAUUCUGAUUCCUCACUUUAUCCAGUUCUGUGUUAUCGAUAAGUUGAAAAUUGAUAUGCCUCUUAUUGAUUGACUGAAAAGCGAAUGUGAUGACAGGUGGAAAAAAGUAUAUUUUGAAAUAUUUGGUCACGUUUGAGAAAAAAUUUCAGGUCGAUGUGAAUGUUGAGCUGGCUCUUGGUUGAUAAGUGAACAUCUGAAGUUAUACGCUCAACGAAAAUUACAAUCAAUCAAUAAAUGGCAAUAGCAGUUGGAUGAGAACUUUUAGUUCACAAUUUUAUCCCAUACCUUGAAAACUACGGAAAUGAAACCUUUGAGCUCUAUAGAAACCCGUACUACUUAAAUCAGUUGCCCUUAACCAUUUUUUGCUCAAUUUUCUAGGUUUUUUCUGAUGGAAAUCAACAUUGAAUGAAACUUUUGCGAGACAUUCUAUUUUUGAUGAAAACAUGUUUGGGAUAACAAAUAUCUCCUCAAUUAAUUGCGGCUGAAUUUUUUUAUCCAUUGAGGAAUAUCUGUAGAUAAUUUUCUUUGAAGCAGUGUGUAAAUUUUUCAGUUUUUUUUCCUGCAGUGUUUAUAAUGUUACAUGAAAAUAGGUAGGAUUUUAGAAUAAUCACAUUUCACUGAUUUGUAAAUAUUUACAUAUGUGGACGAUUCCAGAUUCUGUUUUACUUCAAAAGGAAGGAAUAUAACCUUGGUAGAAUUUUCCACAUUAUAUUUUUAAUAUCUAGAUAUAUUGUACUUUACGGAAUAUUUUGAAAUGUUUUUUGAAUGGAAUUUCUGUAUUUGAUUAUUCUCAUUUAAGAAAAAAUUCUAGCCUUGCAUUUCAUUUUGGAAUGUAUUUGUUAAAGAUUGUAAAUAAUUCUGCAUUUCAAGAAUUAGUCUGUUGAUACUAUUUCAGUUGAAGUGUCCCUAUAUAUUUGACAUUAUCAGUAAUUUUUAAAAUGUAAAAAUCUGUAGAAGUGUACUAAAACUGUCUACUGUACGUUUAUUGAUGGAAAUAAAUAUUUGGUUAGGUUUAA